AGGAGGAGGAGGAGGAGGGGGAGGAGGAGGGGGGGGUGGACCCUGGGCAAGAGUGGCACCUGGUGCGCGGCUGCUGGGGGCCAGGGUGGGCCCCCUUCCAAGCGCGCAGGCCAGUGCGGGGGGGGGGCCACUGCGGGCCCGCACCAGGGGCCACGCUGCGGGCGCACGCUGACAUGGAUCGGGGAAGCCUGCUCGCCUCCCCGGGGCGCUCCGCGCUGCUCGGGGAGGCUGCCCGCUGCCCCCCCCCGCGGCUCCCGCGGCCCCGCGCCCGCGCGCGAGCUGCACGCCUCGCCCUCCUCUGCGGCAGCUCGUGGGGGCCUGGCGGAUCGAUGCUCAGCCCAGAGGAGGGAAAGAUACCCGCACCUCCACCCUCCCCCAGUUUUCCUACUGCCUCAACAAGUUACACUCGCCGUUCGGGGGGUGAAAUUUCCGAUGAGGCCGAUCUGAGACCGCCGCGCUGCCGCUUGAAGCGAGCGGUUGCCCCCCUCCUCAUGGGCAACAAACAGCCGCGAAAGCUAACCCGACACCAGCAACAUACAACAGCACCCAACCACAAGUAACAAACACGACCGAGAGCACACGAGGAUCCAACGACUUGCCACCGAAGCCC